UUUGCGGUUUUGCGGUUCCGAGAAUGAUCGACGAGGCAAAUGCACAUCGAUGUUGACGCGGAAUUUAUAAAUUAGCUCCUUAUUUAUUUUUUUACUUUUAUUUUUUUUGUCUUCCUUGUAUGUAUAAUUAUUUUUCCCGAAACCAUCUUCGUCCUCAGUUGCUGCUGCUGAUGUGAGAGUUCCUGUGAUCCGAAGGCGAUUUCUGAAGGUCAGAUUCUAGGGCUCCAAACUUGAUCUGGCUUUGUCUGGAUGGAGAGAGCUUUUUGGAUUUGAUUGAUUCGCAGUAAAGAUUAGCGAGGACAGUGUGGAUCCUGAGACGAAGAAGGAGGAGGAGGAACGUUCCAGCUGUAAUGCAAUUCUAAAUGGCGUUGGGCGAGGGUCCCACGAAAGGCAGGGUGAUGAGAAGCGAUAAUCAUCGAUAUAUAUCAAUUGGCACUGCCCCUCAAGAAGGACAAGAUGUGUAUAUCAAAGAACCGUGUAACAGUGGAAGUAAGGGUGAUUGUUGCGGUAUGUCCAGAUCUGGCAGACGACAUUCCUGUGGAAAUGGUAACACAGUGAUGGAAGACACAUUUUAUCUUGAAAAUGUUGGUCAAGUUACGCUAACGCUUUCCAACACUCAUCUUUUGUGGCGUGCUGUCGAGGAUGACAAUCAGAAGCUGGAUGCAAAUGCGUUACUGUGCUGUAGAAAUACAAUCAAGGAUACUGAAGGACACCUGCCGAUAGCAGAAGUUUUCGCCGUAAAAUCAUUAGAUUUAGGUCCUGUUAACCAGGCCAAAGUGCAGUUGUGUGGAGGUUCUCUCGCACCAAAGCAGUUGCAUAGGGUUGAAGUGCAUACGUUCGUGCGUUUCGAUGGCAAGUGGGUCCCAAAGGUGUAUGUGUUCGGGCACUCCAGUGCUCCUGAUGUUCAGCAGUGGACUCAACGAAUCCAAAUGCUACUACAUGGAGAUUCUCGUAGGCCAAAAGAAUUGCUGGUCUUCGUCAAUCCUUAUGGAGGAAAGGGAUCUUGUGUCCAAACAUGGAAACGCGUAGCGUCUCUGUUUGAGCUGGCGAAGAUUAAAGUGACGGUGGUCAAGACUGAAAGGGCAGGCCAUGCACAUGAUAUAAUGGAACGUGCUACGACAGACGAACUCAAUGCUUUGGAUGGCGUUGUUGUUGUGGGAGGAGAUGGCUUCUUCAACGAAGUAUUGAAUGGCUUGGUUAUGCAUCGCCACAAAGCGCAGCCUGCCGUUAUGCCCCAAACAUUGAAUAGUUUCUAUAAAAAGCGGACGCUUCUUCAACAGCGUAAUUCUGAGGCCAUUGUAAUGCCUAAAGGCAAAGGAGGCUUGAUAGAGCUAUCAGUUGAAAAUUCUCCAGAUCAGUAUCCACUACUCCAGAAUGGAGCUGUCCCUUUAUCCUUAGAAAAUGUUAACGGUCAAGACGCCAAGAAUGUUGACAAGGGCACACAAACUAGUUCGAAUGGGGCUGGGUGUGACGGGUUGCAUGCAGCUGUAAACGACACACUGACUCAAAUGACUGAAGAUGGGUUGCUAAGACAGGCUGAUAGUAAUUCAAGUUACUGCUCUAUCUCUCACAAUAUGCCAGUACAGGAUGAACAAGGAAUUUUUUUGCAGCCUGCAGCAGUUCCAGCAGAAUCAAUUAUCGGUACAAAGAGGAAAGGUGAUGCUUCUGACUUCACUCCCUCGAGUCGAAGAGGUAUAGAAUUGGAGAAUCCUAACACCUGUUUAUCGAAUUCUAAUCCCAAACUGCGGAUUGGAAUAAUACCUGGCGGGUCUACAGACACUGUUGUUAUCAGUACAACAGGGACACGUGACCCAUUAACAUCAGCGCUUCAUAUAAUUCUAGGAGACAGCAUGCCUCUGGAUAUAGUAAGAGUUACUGGCUGGAGAAACGAUCCGGAGGCGUCACCAGAUGAGAAGCCUGAAGUUCGUUAUGCAGCAUCGUUUGCUGGAUAUGGUUUCUAUGGAGAUGUGAUGAGGGAAAGCGAGGAAUUACGGUGGAUGGGUCCUGCUCGUUAUGAUAUUGCAGGCUGUAUGGUCUUCUUAAAACACAAAAGUUAUGAGGCCGAAAUCUCAUUUUUAGAUAUCCCAUCAGAUCCCCAGAAAGAGAUACCUCAAGGCCCUUGGACAAGAAAGACAUCUAUCAAGACCAGACCUGAUGACAACAAAAAGGUCGUAUGCCUCGCAAAUUGUGCAGUUUGUGCAAGUGGGUUUGAUUUCUCCCACGUAAUCAACAGUGACAGUGACACAGAGGGGCCCCGACAACAAGAGAGUAGUAAAGGACCAACAUGGAAAACAUGCCAUGCGAAGUUUCAGAGCAUAGGUGCCGCAGUCAUGUCUUGCCGGAAUGAGAAAGCUCCGGAAGGAGUGGCUGCCCAUGCACACUUGGCAGAUGGACUGCUUCAUCUAAUCCUCAUUCGAGAGUGUUCUCGUCCUGACUAUCUCAGGCAGCUGCUGCGCUUGACUAGACGUGGUGCGGAUCCUUUCAAUUUUCCAUUCGUUGAGCAUCAUAAGACACCCUUGUUCACGUUUUUGUCACAUGGGGAUAAGGAAAGCGUGUGGAAUGUGGAUGGCGAACUUCUCCCAGCGCGUCAGCUUACGGGACAAGUAUUCCGUGGGCUUGUCACUCUGUUUGCAAGGGGUCCGGAAACCUGAGUUGGCGAUAUCGCUUGUAAUUUCAGCUCUUUUAGGUGCAGAUGAAUAUUAGCACUUGUGUACCUGUGGUAGAAUGCUCAGAAUGCCUUGUUUCUGUAGAGAUGUACACGUGGCAAUACUCAGAUAUGUCUGCCGUUAUAAGCUUUAAGACAGUAGUGAGACCCCAGCAUUCUGUGAAAUUACUCCAUUAAUCAGGGAGACAAGUCGAGGGGAAUGAAACAACCCCAAACACCAUUUGUUGCAGUGCUGAGGCUCCCACUCAAUGGAAGCUACAAAAUGUUCGUAAUUAUUUGUUGCAAUCAUCAACGAGGCAUUCUAUUGGUGAGCUGCGAUAUUGAUCUGUGCCAGUGCUAUAUAUGCGUCCAUAAACCCAAGAAAAAUUGACGCACAUGGAAUACAUCAAAGGAGCUUCACCGUGA